AUGAAUGCUGCCACAGCCACCAUCACUGCUACAGCUGCUGGUGCUACAGCCGCCACCACAGCAACAGCCGCCGCUGCAGCGAGCCUCCCCGCCCUUCCCGUGUGGCUGUCCCCGCGGGUGCUGCUGGUGGCGGCGCUAUCCGGCAGCAUCGCGCUGGCGUCCAUGGUGGUCAACGACGUGUUUGACUGGCAGAUCGGGUCCGACCGAGUCAACUCGCCUGCCAAGCCCCUCGUGUCAGGCGCCGUGCACCCUUAUGAUGCGGAGCCAGCAGCAGGCUGUCUCUACACCCUCAUAGUCCUCGCAGCCUGUCAGCUGGAGCCCUUGCCUCUCCGCAUGCUGGUGGCGGGGGCGGCGGUCGGCACGUAUCUCUACACUCCGUUUCUGAAGAGAAUCACUCUGGUUAAGAACGUCUCAGUCGCUGCAAUCAUUGCGUCGUCGUUGCUUGCCGGCGCGCUUGCUGCUGGAGCCUCUUUCUCCGCCCUCUACCGCGCGUCAGGCGCCUUUCUCUUCCUCUUCCACGCGCUGCUGUAUCGAGAGGUGCUUAUGGACGUCGCUGACGUCACUGGUGACGCCAGCGCGGGCGUGCCGACGCUUGCGGUGCGGCUGGGGAAGCAGAGGGCGGUGAUGGUGGCGUGUGGCAUGCUGGUUCUGGCGCAUGCUGCUGGGCGGCGUGGUAGCGUCGAGCUCGCACUUCAAGUAGCCAGCCCACAGCAGCCAUGGAGCCUCGUGAAGUGCCGCUUCUGUGCCGUAGCCCCCUGUUGUGCCAUCUCGCCGUCGCUCUCUCUGCGAGACUAUCUCGCCGCCCCUCGUUCUGCCCAACCAUCGUCGGCGAAUCUGCGCCCAUAUCUCGCCAACCACUGCCAUCCACGAUCGCUACCGUCACCUGCGCUGCGCCUCUCUGCCGCGCCUCUCCGCUGCGCCGAUCGGUUUUCCGCUCCGCUCGCCACGAUGGGCGGCUUUCCGCCGCUGCUCGCGCUGCUCGCGCUCGCCCUCAUUCUCGGUCAGUCCACCCGCCGUGCCGCCCCGCCAGUCCUUUCUGUGUGCGCAUGCCGGCGUGUUUUCGUCCGUCCCUUGCCUCGUUGUCCCCACCGGCCCGUCACAUCACCUUCAUUCUCCGCCAUGCGCUCUCCGCGUCAUUCAACAUGCAUGAGAGCGCCAUUCGCAUUCGCGCUGUGCCACACCAACCAGGGCGAUCAGGGCAGACCGCACCAACCAACUCCCCGCCCUGCUCUGCUCCCCUCUCGCCCCUGCUCGCCCUCCCCUGCAGCCAGUGACGUCAUCCGCGGGGCGUCAGGCCAAGACGUGUCCGCUACGCCGCCGCCGGCGGUGGCGACGGCGAUCGCGGUGGGCAGCACUUUCACCUUCAACUUCACGGCGGCGCGCUGCACCAACCUGCCCACCACCGCCUCCUCCGCCACCGUGCAGUGGACGUCCGCCGCCGCCGCCACCGCCGGUCUCCCCGCGUGCGAGAACGUCACCUUCUUGACCGGCCCUGAUUGCACCGGGGUCGUCGCGUCGUCCGCCGCCAAGCCCUCAAGCCCGACCACCUACACCACCCGAGCCAUUCUCUCCUCUCCGUAUCCACUGUCGGCUCUCUGCUACAUCGUCGGAGACGCUCCGUGGUGGCCCACGGAGGUGGCGGCCAGGGUGGUGGUGGCGACGGCCGUGGCACUGGGCGCCUACAAGGUCGCCUUCGACCCCUCCUCGCGCUGCGCCACUGUGCCCGCCGGCACGGCCCCCGCUGGCGUGAGCACGCCUGUGAGCGUGCAGUGGGGGAGCAGCAGCAGCUUGGCGGGGGGCGGGGCGAGUGCGCCGUGCAACUUGGUGUCGUUCUUCCCGGGCACCAACUGCGACGGCGCUGUCAUGCAGCACUUCUACUCCUUCUCCAGGUCAGUGCGCGUGGGUGCUGUGGAGGUGGGUGGGUGCUUGCCAUACAUGCUAAAAAUACUUUCCGUUUAA